AUGUCUGGUGACGCCAGAUUUGAAUCAGAGGGACAGCAUGUGCAGCGUCAAAACCACCAAGUCCGGUCAAUUCAAAUAAACGAGGACUUGACACUGAAUAGGUUUCUCGAAAAUUGUCGUUUGGAUUCUGCUGAAAACCUGGCAAAGGUUAAGCAGAAUUUUCAAGAUACAACUGCUGCUGAUCUUUUUAAGUUGGCAGAGGAUGAUCCAUUAGACAAACCCGGAGUACCUAAUGCGCCAACUGUCUCACAAUUCGUUAGGGACUCUGCCAUAGUGUCAUGGAAACCACCAGGAGAUGAUGGAGGCUCUCAAAUCAUUGGCUACAAUGUUAAAUGUCUUCAACGCUGCCCGACCUCCAGCACCUGCUCGGCCAAACUAAAUGAAACAAUCAUCAAAAAUCUGACUUUCGUAGAUGAAGACUUAGUUGAAGGCAUGGAGUACAUGUUCUGCAUUGCAGCUGUGAACAAGGUGGGGGUUGGACCGUUCGGCCCACCUAGCAUUGCAAUCAAGGUUCCAUUUGUCGAUGAUGUGCCUGCAAUAGACACGGUGCUUGAUGAUGCUGCAGUAGUCAGUCCUAAGGAAAUUAUUCCUGGUUGCCUUGUUCAUCCAAGAAAAUCUCCUGAGAUAAGAUGGUAA